UUUGUGGUUACAGCUUUACACGUCAGAAAAAAAAAAGUUUGCAGAAUGUCCCACACCGAAAAAAAAAAUCCGAAACCGAGCGAAAAAAACCUGCGAGUGGGCCUGGCGGAUGGGGUUAUUCGAGCCUCGCCCGCCGCGGCUCGCGCUCCCGCUCCGCCGCCUCCGCGAGAGGAGCCGCCGGCGGCCCCAUGGACCUCCGGGCAGGGGACUCGUGGGGGAUGCUAGCUUGUCUGUGCACCGUGCUCUGGCACCUCCCUGCAGUGCCAGCCCUCAACCGCACAGGGGACCCGGGGCCUGGCCCCUCCAUCCAGAAAACCUAUGACCUCACCCGCUACCUGGAGCACCAGCUCCGCAGCUUGGCUGGGACCUACCUGAACUACCUGGGCCCUCCCUUCAACGAGCCUGACUUCAACCCACCUCGGCUGGGAGCGGAGACGCUGCCCAGGGCCACGGUCAACUUGGAUGUGUGGCGAAGCCUCAACGACAAACUGCGCCUGACCCAGAACUACGAGGCCUACAGUCACCUUCUCUGUUACCUGCGUGGCCUCAACCGCCAGGCGGCCACGGCCGAGCUGCGCCGCAGCCUGGGCCACUUCUGCACCAGCCUCCAGGGCCUGCUGGGCAGCAUCGCGGGCGUCAUGGCAGCUCUGGGCUACCCGCUGCCCCAGCCCCAGCCUGGGACUGAGCCCACCUGGGCCCCCGGCCCUGCCCACAGCGACUUCCUCCAGAAGAUGGACGACUUCUGGCUGCUGAAGGAACUGCAGACCUGGCUGUGGCGCUCGGCCAAGGACUUCAACCGGCUCAAGAAGAAGAUGCAGCCUCCAGCAGCUGCGGUCACCCUGCGGCUGGAGGCCCAUGGCUUCUGAUCCCCGACCUUUGCCACCCCCCCUGCUCCCACACUGGGAGGGGGAAUGGAGUGCCAACUCCUGUUGAGCCAGGACACAGAACCAGUGACCCGCCGGUCUCCUGAGGACUUGGAUGAGGCCCGAUGCCAUGGGGCGGCCCUCCCCGCUCCCCGAAGCCCUGCAGGUCUGGGGAAGAGGGGCCAUUUCCAUGGGAAGUAACAUCCCAGGGAGCCUCCUGUGUCCCAGGCCCACCCCGGCCCUCGAGUGGCAAUUCCUGGAGGACUGCCGCAGCGCAUGAGUCUUGCUGGGGUGGAGCCCUCUGGCUGCCCUGCUCCUGGGUGGGAGUCACCCCUUGCCCCCAAAAUAACCUGUCCUGUUUAGGAAACAAACACGGUGGCGAGUCCCAGCAGGAAGAGCCUCCCACCAGGGUCACCGAUGGGAGAGAUGGGGUCUGCAGGGGCUUAGAAAGCAGAAGAGACCACCCUAAAAGCAGAGGGCCAGGGCCAGCGCACCCGGCAGCCACCGAGCCCGCUGGUGGCACAGGGGGCAGCCAAAGGGCUCUCGCCCGCCUCGCAGUGUCUUGCCGGCAUCACGGUGCCUCCUCGCCGCCCCAUUCCCAGGUGUCUGUGGGUUGCCUAGGCUGGGGGGGCAACUGGAGCCACAGGAUUUCCUGAAAGUUUACAUUGCAGUAGCAUUUCGGGGGGUGGGGGCAGCUCCCCCAGGCCCUGCUCCCCAGCCCCACCACUCAUGACUCUAAGUUUGUUGUAUUAAUAUUUAUUUAUUUGGAGAUGUUAUUUAUUAGAUGAUAUUUAUUGCAGAAUUUCUAUUCUUGUAUUAACAAAUAAAAUGCUUGCCCCAGAUCGCCAUCUCC